AGCUGCAGGCUGUCCCGCUGCGCGCCCGGAGGCACACGCACACUUUACUGCUCCAUGGAUGGUCGGAACCUUUAACCAACUUCCUCAAAUGACCUUUAUUGCCAAGUUUGUGAAUGGAUUGUUAUCGAUUUGCCUUUUUAUGUCGGAUUCAGUGCUGAGGCCACGUUUUUUUGAGACUUUUACGCAUCCUGGGAACUCGGGCCAAAGGGACGCUGGAGGUGUUGUUGGCGUACCUGUGUGUAAAUACAGCUAUUCUUUUGGGAGGACGCUUUUAAAAGACUGUCAACAGCAGGAAGCCACAAAAGUGAAAGAUCUGUAAAAGCGGCAAGCCACAAUCAUGAAGACCUCCAGCCGGCCGACCCAUGUGUGUCCGACUGAGUACACAUGCUGAAGAGCUGAAGAGACAUCAUCGUUGCGUGUGUGUGUGUGUGUGUAUUUGUGUAUACACACUGGGCUCUUGAUUAAAGCAGUGUGGAGCUGAGGACUUAAAACGCACAGAAUGGUUCAACUGUCUACUUCAGUGUGUCUGCUGGGAGGCUUUUUAGGCCUACUGGUGCUAGCUCCUGUCCUGACGGCCUCAAACCCGGCCAGGAUGUGCACCCCCCUGAGGACGCUCAACGACAGUCUCAGCCACAGGAGACGGUACAUGAAGCACAACUUUCCCAUUAACUACUCUGUCAGGGUUUAUCAUGAGGAAAUCUUUAAACUCACAAAUAUCAGCAGAUUGAGGUUAAAGGUGAAGGAAUUGGAUGAGCUGGUUCUGCAGAGGCUCUGGUUUCAAGUCAACCAAGGCGUGUUAAAAAAGAUCAUCCGGGUCUUGCCAGAAAGACAUCCUUCGCGUUCAUACGCAGCUGAAUUGGAAAGGCGUUUCAAGGAUGUUGAGGGAGUCUUCGUGCAGUCACAUCCUUCUGAGGUAUUCCAGGAGGAGCUUCCAGAGACGGUCCAGGACAUCUGGGAUCAGUUAACAGAAGAGCCCGACCUAAUAGCAGAUUCUAGCUGGCGACUUGCUUCUCCAAAGUCCCUCAUGGACAACUUGUGCCACACCAUGCUCUGCCUCUUCAGCGAGUGCUUCGCCAGCACAGAAGAUCAACAGGAUUACUGUGGAGUUUCACAUCGGAGGAAAGGCAGAAAGAAGACCAGUCUGGAAACCGAGGUGGAGCCAGGCGAGUGAGCUCACUGAUCGCUGAUCGCUGAUUCUGAUCAGCCAUUUUCAAAUUACUAUCUCCCUCGAGCUACAGGGGGAAGGGUAAAAGAACAGUUCACAAUGAAAGAAUAUCCACAUUUUUUUUCCCAAAGAUACCAAAAAGAGCCAAGAUUGUCUUAUUGACUGGAACCCUGGCACAGCUCCAUCACUGAAAGUGGACGGAAAACGUUGGCGCCGUUAAAGCGCCUCUGAUCGCUUAAUGAGCAUAUGGAUUUUCUAUGAAAUUGAAAUACGGCUCAUUUUUGAGAAAACGCUUCAGUACAAAAGAUUUUCCAGUUCAGCCAGUCAAGGGGCGGCUAAGAUACAUCUCGUUGCUGACAAUUUCGGAGUAUUGUGGCGUUACUCUGGUAUUUAGUUAUGUAAGAGAUCUGUUCAUCUUCUCACAUAUUAACAAAAGUGAUGUAUGAUCUAUACAUUAUUUUUCUAAGAUGGAUUAUUUAAGAAGCAGCUACUUAAUCUUUGUCAGCAAAGGUCACCUGAAGGUGUUGGCUUUGCUGACUCUUUGUCAUUAAAAAUGGGUUGAUGUGAAUCUGCACGGUUCACUCUGGGGACUAACAUGAGAGACUUCACCUCACUUUAUACCAUAGCCAAGCAACUCUUGUACAAACUGCCUUUUUCAGCUAUCAAACAUCAUUUUAAACAUUUUUACAAGUGUGCUCAUUGUUUGUCAUAUUCCAUUUGUGUUUAAUUUUUUUUAGGUAAACAAAAAAAGUGUGUAGUAAAUGGUGAUGGAUUGCAAAAAUUGUGAUUUACAGUAUGAGCAUGUUGGAAAUGCAUGCAUGACUGGACGAAAUCUGAACCUCCUGGUUUUCCACAUGUUGUCAGGAAAAGGACGUGUUAGGAGGUUCUUCUUAACAAUCCGUUUCACUCCAACCUAUUCUGCCUGAGAUUUCACUUUGAAGGAUGCCAGUUUUACCAGGUUUUCUGUUUCUGUUUGGCCUCUUGAUACGGCUCUUUUUUGUUUCUGUUGGGUUUUUUUUUUUAUCUGUUUUUCUUUUUUAAAUUUAAAUUCCGCCAAGGUUUUGAGGAAUAAAGACAAACAACCAGGUCUAUUUUGAUGAUCUAGGUGUAAUAGAGAGGUCUGUUAGGAUAUCCUGCACUAUAAUGACAGCACCCUCCCCCCAAAGAAAAGCUUUUCCUGCAGAGGUCGCAGGUCGCUGACCUGACCCCCACUCUCAUGUCAUGGUGGAACAAGCCUAGCAACGAAUCAUCCGGGGCACCCUAAGGAUCUGCUGCCAACAUUCCUGGGCCAGACGCUGCAGGAAACUGCUGGAUGUUUUUAAUAAUGUAACUGCAAAGUUGAGUGUGUGUAAGAUGGUACUCACCCGCAUGGAUUUCAGCUGCCAACAUUCCUUUUCAACUGGGUGUCUUUAUGCAUCGCCCGACUAAGUUAUGGGUCAUUCGGUUCAUUUUGCUUGCAGCGCUUGGGCUGAAAGAUGAGGAAAGUUUGAAGCGUUGAAGCAGCAGGGGGAUAACAUACUAAACUUGCGUGUCUUCUGUAAAAAUCAUCUGGAGAGGGAAAAAAAACUAGCAGGGGGGCGGUUGGGGUGGUUUGGGUGGUUGGAUGGAGUAUCUCUCUACCGUCGUCAAAAUGAAAGCAGUGGGAAGCCGUCAACAGUUGCCUGUGCAGGACACGCACAGGAAUUACAGUUUAUGUUUGAGAAAUCUGACCUGUGAAAGAUCAAGUGUUCACACCAAGUGGACACCGGGGAUCGUGUUUAGGAGGCAACAUGCAGUUCACAACUCUACUCACAGAAAAACAGAAAAGUGCACACUCUUUCUCUUUUCUCUAAUUUUGAAGGUCAUGUCAUAGUACAAAUCAUCUGGAUGUUGGGAGGUGUUAAAAUGAGGUAAGUACAGUACAACCUUAUGGUGCUUUUCCACUAGUACCUACUCAGCUCGACUCUCCUCCACUCGGUUUGGUUCUUCUCCACCAGGGGUCUAACGUACCGAGUAGAUACUUUUCUGUAUCUAUUCUGCUGAGGUUCUAAGCUGCUGAGUCGGCUGUAUCUGACAGCAUCACACUACAGGCCACCGAUUGGUCGGGGGGUUGGAGUCAGACGUCUGAGUCAGGAUGUGACAUCAGCGACGGUGGUUUCUGGUUCAUUUUAUUCAACCAGCAACGGCAGCAGAAGUCUGUUCUGGUCCAACUCUGAGGUGCAGAUGUUCAUAAACCUGAUGCUGAGGAGAGAAUUAAAAAGGGAUCUAGACGGAGAUAAGGAACGAUCAGAUCUACCAGGAGAUAUGUCUCUUCAUUGCUGCUCACGGCUCCAGCUGACUUUUCAGCAGCGCAGAGACAAACUAACAAAAAAAAAGCGUCACCGCUUGAAACUUCUCUCUCUAUCAUUUUCUAACUUGAUAUGGAACACAAGCCACAGACCCAGCAGCACAUCUAUCAUCUCCUCCAGGUUCCUCUUCUUCUCCUCCGAAGAAGACAACAACACUAAAGAUGUAUCUUUAGUGUUGUUGUCUUCUUCGUUUAGAUAGAUAGAGAAAUUGAGAGCGUGAUCAAGCAAGACUAGUCUAGUUCUGUGUCAUGAAAUGCUUUCUAAGCCCAGGCCUGUAUCCAUCCAUCCAUCCAUCCAUCCAUCCAUCCAUCCAUCCAUCCAUCCAUUUUACUGCGUUUUCGGGCCUAUUGACUACAUUCAUGUGGACGCACUCAUGUACUGACACACGUGUGUCUUUAUGAUGAAGGUUUUUGAAAUAUAAGUGUUUUGUCUUGGUGUGGAUAAAGCCUGAGUCUUAUCUCCACCACUUCACACAGACUGAUUGUUAUUUCAAUAAAAUAGGCACCAAUUCAUACUUGUCUGCAAUUAUUUUUGACAUAACAAUAAUCUAGUCUCAUUUGUUGAGUUGGUUUCUAUUCAUCUACUUCUAAGACUUGAGUUGAAAGUGUUGUUUGUCUUUGGGUCAUAUUUCUAGAGAAAUGUCUGGAAUAGAUUUUAUGACAGUCUUUUUAAAAAUAAUGACUUGAGAGGCAGUAAGCUUAGGCAAGAAACGUCUCCUCAUCUAACAUAAAAUAUCUAUGAAUAGGUUAAUUCCAUCAGAUUCUGUCACUUAUUGGACGAUGGUAAACCAUUUUGACAGAAGAAGUUUUUCAAUGAAGGAUAUAAAGUUACACCAUAGCCCUGUUUCUUGAUAAAGCUUUGCAACAUCAGUUGUGUGAGAUGCACGUGUACCUUUUGGCUACUAAAAUAUACUGUUUCUGAUAUUAAAAAAAAAAUGACUUUGCGUUUCUCAACCAGUCAGGAGAGAAGAUUUUUUUUUCAUUAUGCACUUAGAGAAAAAAGUGGAAAUGUCGAGAAAAAAAUCGAAAUGUCGAGAUUAAUGUUGAAGUGCAAUUUCGAGAAAAAAGAAUACAAGAAUUGGCUUUACGAUAUUGAUUUGAAACACAUAUCACACAUAUGCAGUUGCAUAAGUUCAGAAACGUCCCCUUAACGUUCCACUCCAAGGGUAUAGGUUAGUUAGUUAGUUAGUUACGGCUGCUGCUGCUGCAGAGCUGUCAGUCGCUCUGCUAACUGGAUUUGAUGGAGACAUUUCCACUUUAUUCACCAAAUUGUAUUUCAACAUUAUUCUUGAAAUUUCAACUUUUUUCUCGAAAUUGUAUUUCAACAUUAAUCUCGACAUUUCGACUUUUUUCUCGAAGUGCACAAACAUUUCCCUCUCAAAUAUUUUUUCUCCUGCAUGGCCCCAAUAAAUCUUCUGUACAAAACUCCCAGUGCAAACAAGGAAAAACUGGUCAUGUUUCAAGAUUGUUAUCAAGAGUAAACUUGUGUAAAAAAAAAAAAAAAAUUUCAUUAAAUCCCAUUGUAACUGAUGCUCCUUUUGAAUAGAUCAAAAGUGAAAUACAGUUCAAAGUGAGUUUAAAUAUAAUAUACAGUCAGAUUCAACUAGAAAUUUAUUUUUUCAAAUUUUGCAUUACAUGAAUUAUUAUUUAUUGUGCCAUUUAAGUAACCUGUUACAUUUAUAAGAUUCAUAUAUUUGUCUAAUUAAAACCUGAGUUACUCCAACAAGUGGAUAAAGUAACUAUUUGUGACAGAUUUAUGUUUGUAUUCAAAUUGCAGCAGCAGUUCCCCAAGUCAGUCCUGUCGUCCCGUAACGUGCACAUAAAAGUCUGGGAAGUCAAAGAAUAAGCACGAUUUUCAGUUAAUACAGAGCAUUAGAUUAAAACAGACAUGUUCCUUUAUGCAGUUAGGAGAUUACAGUGUUGUGCAGAGUGGAUGGUUCAUGUUGGUAAAUUAAUAAAAUCCUAAAGAAUGUAUUUUUAUUAUGUUUUAUCAUAUGAAACUGUAUAGUUAUAAGUGGUUAUGGUGACAAUAACAUAACAUUCCCCACAGCUUCAAGGAAAAACAUGUCUUUUGAACCUUUUUUUUAAUACACGUGAUAUUGAAUAUUUAUUUUAUUUUUAUUUUAUUUUAUUUUUUUUGGGGG